AUGACGUCAUACUAUGUGGAAGAGGAAGAAACCAACCUGGAGAUGUGUCUCAAUGAUAAUUAUGAAGAAUGCCAUGGUUCGAAAUCUCCAUUGACUCGAGAUAUUUCUUUCUUAGGAAAAGAGAAUUAUGCUAAGCAGGGAGAAGUCUUGGAGUAUAAAGGGGCAACGAUGAAAGAAUACAAUUGCCAACGUCUUCCAAGGCAUGAAGAGAAGCUCGACAAUCACACCUUGUUAUAUCGAGGGCCUAAAGCCUCACGUCAAGCAAAACCGAGACACAAGUUCUUUCACACAAAUCCCCGAGUAGUACAGGAAGUGCUUCAAGAAGUGACGCAGAGAACAUCAAUGUGGGCAGGGCCAAAGAAGCGGCAGGCCGUGGCUCUCCGUAUUAGCGCUGAUGCGACGGUCGUUUAUCGUUGCAGAAUCAAUGCCUAUCAAGACACCCUUUGUUGCUCUGUUUCGUGA